AGUGGAGCUCGAGCAUCCUCACCAGCGGCAGGCAGACAAUAGGGCCAUUUUGACCGCUUUGGAGUGCGAAGAAGCGGACGAACGACCCGACGGGUGUCACCUUCCCUUUCCUCCCCACUGGCAAGACAAGACAGGGCGGAGAGAGAGAGAGAGAGAGGGAGGAGGUGGGUCGGUACACUCAGCCCUUCCCGUGUUCAUGGGGAGCGGAGGCUGUUAGCGAGGGGCAGUGCCAGACCUGGAGGAACCAGAGGAGGUGGAAGGAGCUCCGGAGCGGGCUAUUAAAACAGACGAGCACCAACCGCCGCCUCGACACGGGAGCACGACGCCACUGCGGAGACCUGUGGGCCCCACACCUGGGCACUAAAGAAGGCACCCCAAGGUGCUAGGAAGACAGCAUCAUGGCAGGGGCCUCUGUGAAGGUGGCGGUGCGUGUCCGCCCCUUCAACUCAAGGGAGAUUGGAAAAGAUAGCAAGUGCAUCAUUCAGAUGACUGGAAACACCACCACCAUCGUCAACCCCAAGCAGGCCAAAGACAACAAGAGCUUCAACUUUGAUUACUCCUACUGGUCCCACACCUCGCCAGAGGACAUCAAUUAUGCCUCUCAGGUGCAAGUGUACAAAGACAUCGGAGAGGAAAUGUUGCUGCACGCCUUCGAGGGAUACAACGUCUGCAUCUUUGCUUACGGCCAGACGGGCUCUGGCAAGUCCUACACCAUGAUGGGGAAACAGGAUGUCAAGGACCAACAAGGGAUCAUCCCUCUGCUGUGUGAAGAUCUUUUCACUAAGUUCAAUGACAACGCAGGCAACAGCAUGUCUUAUUCUGUGGAGGUAAGCUACAUGGAGAUCUACUGUGAGCGUGUGCGGGAUUUACUGAACCCCAAGAACAAAGGGAACCUGCGCGUUCGAGAACAUCCUCUGAUGGGACCUUACGUGGAGGACCUGUCUAAGCUGGCUGUCACCUCCUACAACGACAUCCAGGACCUGAUGGACUCCGGCAACAAGGCCAGGACUGUGGCCGCCACCAACAUGAAUGAGACGAGCAGCCGCUCGCAUGCCGUCUUCAACAUCAUAUUCACUCAGAAACGCCACGAUGCCGAUACUGAAAACACCUCUGAGAAGGUCAGCAAGAUAAGUUUGGUGGAUUUGGCUGGCAGCGAGAGGGCCGACUCUACUGGAGCCAAAGGAACCAGGCUUAAGGAAGGAGCCAAUAUCAACAAAUCUCUAACUACACUGGGGAAAGUCAUCUCUGCUUUGGCAGAAGUGGACUCUGGGUUGAAUAAGAAUAAAAAGAAGAAGAAGGUGGAAAACCAUAUACCAUACAGAGAUUCUGUUUUGACCUGGUUACUGAGAGAAAACUUGGGGGGGAACUCUCGUACUGCGAUGGUCGCUGCCCUGAGUCCUGCUGACAUCAACUACGACGAGACCCUCAGCACACUCAGGUACGCAGACCGCGCCAAACAGAUCCGCUGCAACGCCGUGAUCAACGAGGAUCCCAACAACCGGUUGGUGCGUGAGCUGAAGGAGGAGGUGUCCCGUCUGAAAGACCUCCUCUGCGCCCAGGGCCUGGGUGACAUCAUUGACACUUAUCGAUCGUCUGGUGCUGACAUAGAGGGUUUGAAAUUGACCAAUACCAUGACGGGGAUGAGUCCCUCUCCGUCUCUCUCAGCCUUGACCAGCCGCGCCGGAUCCAUCGCCAGUCUUCACGACCGCAUCAUGUUCAGCCCGGGCAGCGAAGAGGCCAUCGAGAGGCUGAAGGAAACAGAGAAAAUCAUUGCUGAACUCAAUGAGACUUGGGAAGAGAAACUUCGCCGAACGGAAGCCAUUAGAAUGGAAAGAGAGGCCUUGCUGGCAGAAAUGGGGGUAGCGAUGCGAGAAGAUGGUGGGACCGUUGGCGUGUUCUCCCCCAAGAAGACACCUCAUCUGGUGAAUCUCAACGAGGAUCCUCUGAUGUCGGAGUGUCUGCUGUACUACAUUAAAGACGGGAUGACCAGGGUCGGUCGUGUAGACGCCAGCAGUCGUCAGGAUAUAGUCCUCAGCGGCCACUUCAUCAAGGACGAGCACUGCACCUUCACCAGUUCUACUGGUCCAACAAGAGAAAUUGUUGUCCUGGAGCCGUGUGAAGGAGCUGAGACUUAUGUCAACGGAAAGAGAGUGACCGAGCCCACUGUCCUCAAAUCAGGAAAUCGCAUCAUCCUGGGGAAGAGCCACGUGUUCCGGUUCAACCACCCUGUGCAGGCCCGGGCCGAGAGGGAGAGGACGCCAUGUGCAGAAACCCCCGCUGAGCCCGUGGACUGGGCCUUCGCCCAGAGGGAGCUACUGGACAAACAGGGCAUCGACAUGAAACAUGAAAUGGAGCAAAGGCUGCAGGAGUUGGAGGACCAGUAUCGCAAAGAAAGAGAGGAAGCCAACAACCUUCUGGAGCAGCAAAGACUGGAUUAUGAGAGCAAGCUAGAGGCUCUUCAGAAGCAAGUGGACAGUUACUACCCAGAAACCCUUGAAGAAGAGGAAGACCCAGAAGAGGAAGUGCAAUGGACAGAGAGGGAAGGAGAGCUGGCUUUGUGGAGCUUUCGUAAGUGGCGGUGCUACCAGUUCACCUCUCUCCGUGACCUGUUAUGGGGCAAUGCCAUCUUCCUUAAGGAGGCCAAUGCCAUCAGCGUGGAGCUCAAGAAGAAGGUUCAGUUCCAGUUUGUGCUGCUCACAGACACACUCUACUCCCCGCUGCCUCCAGACCUGUUGCCACCAGAGGCGACCAAGGACAGAGAGAAGCGGCAGUUCCCACGCACCAUCGUGGCAGUGGAGGUGCAGGAUCAGAAAAACGGAGCCACCCACUAUUGGACAUUAGAAAAACUAAGGCAGAGGCUGGAUCUCAUGAGAGAGAUGUACGACCGCGCUGCUGAUGUGCCCAACAAUACCGCUGAAGACGGGGACAACGUGAUGACCGGAGGGGACCCCUUUUAUGACCGCUUCCCUUGGUUCCGUCUGGUUGGCAGAAACCCCAUUUUCAACACAUGCAUGAGCGAGCGCAUGAGUGACCCCACCCCGUCCCCGACCCUCUCCAACUCUGAAAUUACUGAGCUGGCUGACCCGCAGCGGGGGGGUCGAGGGGAGGAGUUUGAGGAGUUGGAGGACCUGGACGAUGAUAUCUUUUUGGACGACCCGUGCUCGGAGCUCGGGGGAGAGGAGGAGGAGGAGGAGGAGGAUGAUGAUGAUGAUGAUGAUGAUGAUGAUGAUGAGGGAGAGCUCUGCCGAGGCUCCGGCGAAGGCCAGGAUCCCUUUUACGACCGCUCACCAUUAUUCAGUGUAGUGGGAAGGGCUUUUGUCUAUCUGAGUAACCUGCUGUACCCGGUUCCUCUUGUCCACCGCGUGGCCAUCGUCAGCGAGAGGGGCGAAGUGAAGGGCUUCCUCCGGGUGGCGGUGCAAGCCAUAUCAGCUGACGAGGAAGCUCCCGACUACGGCUCGGGAGUGAGGCAGUCGGGCACUGCCAAGAUCUCCUUUGAGGAUCAGCAAUAUGAAAAGUUCCAGUCCGAGACCUGCUCCGUGGGACUGUCCCGCACGGGGGCUUCACAGGAGGAGCUUCGUUUCGUGGAGGGAGAGGGGCAGAACGCAGAGCUGGGACCCUCAGCUGAUGAGGUCAACAAUAACACAUCUGGCGUAGAUGAGCUGAAGAGUCAGGACGGCCUGCUUGACACAUCCCUGGAGCACCUGAGGAUGGGCAACGUCUUCACCUUCAGGGUGACCGUCCUGCAAGCCUCCAGCAUCUCUGCAGAAUAUGCCGACAUCUUUUGCCAGUUCAACUUCAUCCACCGCCACGAUGAGGCCUUCUCCACCGAACCCCUAAAAAACACGGGCCGCGGCCCCCCUCUGGGCUUCUACCACGUGCAGAAUAUUGCUGUUGAGGUCACUAAAUCCUUCGUUGACUACAUCAAGACUCAGCCAAUAGUGUUUGAGGUGUUUGGACACUACCAGAAACAGCCUUUUCUUCCACUCUGUAAAGACGUCAUCAGUCCGCUCCGUCCCUGCAGACGACAGUUCCCACGAGUGAUGCCCCUGUCCAAGCCAGUACCUGCCACCAAGCUGACAGCUAUGACUCGCCCUCAGGCGGGACCCUGCCACUGCAAAUAUGAUCUCAUGGUGUUCUUUGAGAUAUGUGAGCUGGAGGCCACUGGAGACUACAUCCCUGCAGUGGUGGACCACAGAGGAGGAAUGCCUUGUCAUGGCACAUUCCUGCUGCACCAGGGCCUCCAGAGGAGAAUCACCGUCACCAUUGUACACGAGUCAGGAGGUGACAUGGAGUGGAAGGAUAUCCGUGAGCUGGUUGUGGGUCGACUCCGCAACACCCCCGAAGCUGAUGAGACCAUCAUUGACCCUAAUAUUCUGUCUCUCAACAUCUUGUCUGCUAGUUACGUCAGACCCAUGAGGGAUGACCGGACUUUCUACCGCUUCGAGGCGGCCUGGGAUAGCUCCAUGCACAACUCGCUGCUACUAAACCGAGUCACUCCUUACGGGGAGAAGAUCUACAUGACCCUCUCGGCCUACUUGGAGAUGGAGAACUGCACCCAGCCCGCAAUCAUAACCAAAGAUAUCUGCAUGGUGUUUUACUCUCGAGACACAAAGCUCUCGGCCACGCGCUCUAUCCGAAACCUUUUUGGAACUGGAAGCCUGAGAGCGGCAGAUGGAAACCGUGUAACUGGAGUUUAUGAGGUCAGCCUGUGUAACCUGGCAGAUGCAGGAAGCCCAGGUAUGCAGAGGAGACGCAGGCGAGUGCUGGACACCUCCGUGGCCUACGUCCGUGGGGAGGAGAACCUGGCCGGGUGGAGGCCCCGUAGUGACAGCCUCAUUCUGGACCAUCAGUGGGAGCUGGAGAAACUCAGCCUCCUCCAAGACGUGGAGAAGACCAAGCAUUACCUUCUCCUGAGGGAGAAGCUGGAGUCCACCAUGCUGAUGGGCCAGGAGGCGCUGCAGUCCUGCGUCACCGAGGAGCUGAGCGAGUCUCUCCAGCCCCCCGAGGUCGAGCAGGAGGUCAGCUCCAGCUCUGAAAUCACCACUGAGCGGCAGAGGGAGCUCGCUGCGAAGUGUUUGCGUCUGCUCACUCACUCCUUCAACCGAGAGUACAGCCACGUGUGCGUCAGCGCCAGUGAGAGCAAGAUUUCGGAGAUGUCCGUCACAAUGCUAAGAGACUCUGUUUCGAUCUCCGCUCUCAACACAAUCACACCGUCGUCAACAUGCCCUUCGCUGGUUGAGGGUUGCUAUGGGGACGCUGAACUCAGACCCCCGAUGCCUCGCUCUCGUGCCGUCAGCCCCAGUCCUGACGCGCAGCAGGACCCAGAGGCCAAGAAGUCCAUCAACGGAGCCUCUGAAACCAAACCACGCAUCCGCAGAUUCUUCCCUGACAUCCAGGAGAUUAGAGUGAGCCCCAUUGUGUCGAAGAAGGGUUACUUGCAUUUCUUGGAGCCGCACACCAACGGGUGGGUGAAGCGCUACGUCGUGGUGCGGCGGCCGUACGUCUACAUCUACAACGCGGAGAGAGACUCGGUGGAGCGGGCCAUCCUCAACCUCUCCUCUGCCCAGGUGGAGUACAGCGAGGACCAGCAGGCAAUGCUGAAGACGCCGUACACAUUUGCCGUCUGUACCGAACAUCGUGGAAUAUUGCUACAAGCCACCAAUGACAAGGAGAUGCAUGACUGGCUGUAUGCGUUUAAUCCCCUCCUUGCUGGAACUAUCAGGUCGAAGCUGUCGAGAAGGCGAGCCGGACAGAUGAGGAUGUGAAACAAGACUCGAAUCUCAUGAGAGAAGGCUGAACUUGAGAUGUACAUAGAUCUGUGUUCCUCCCCUUGUGCUGAGCCCCCUCUCCCUUCCCCCCACCACAGUCACCAACAACCAUCUCUCCCCUGUAUGUUCUCGGGUUUAUCACUAGUGUGCUCGGCACCUGAAGAGCCCAUUUCAUGUCAGGCCUUUGCUGCGUCGUGAGUCUCGUAGGCAGAAGAAGCGCUUCAAAAAGCUGGCACUGUACUGUACCGGAGUUUAUUCAUAGCUGCACGGUCGGAGACAAACGACGGGCGUAGCAACAGUUUCUUAUCUCAGAUCACAUACGUAUGGUAAUGUACUGUAGUUGUUGUCAGUGACACAUCGAGCCUUAUACAUUUACUCCUUAAAAACAAUGCAGUGACAUCUAUUUUUACCUACAGCUGCCACGUCAGCGAGGAUCACGUUGCUCCAUUUGCAUCAGUAAAAGAAAUCAUGGCGAUUCCUCUCAACUGUGUAUACACAGUGUCUAAACUGGUGUGCAGACAACGUACAGCUAGAAAGUACACGCUAAAACAGAAGAAGAAAAAAAAAAAACACAGUUGAGUGUAACUCUGUAGAAUCAUUCUCUUUUCUUUAUGGUACUUGAAUCUUAAAACUUCUUAGAGACGUUAGCGCACCGCCUGGCAAGGGAAUGGCAUAUCAUCAUCGUUCUCGUGGCAUUUUGAUUGGUCCAUGUCGUUUUAGCUACUCGUAGGAGCACCAAGGGCAUCUACAUUCACACAAUGAGUAACACACGUCAUCACCAUUAAUCCUCCCAAGUUGAUCUCAUUCUCUACCUGAAUUUGAUUUGUUUUAAAAUGUGAUAUAUUUAGAUAUUUAACAGCUUUAUUAUUUAUUUCUGCAUGUAUUUAUUUACAAAGACAUUUAUAUUUCUAAAGUAGUAGUACCGUGCAAUUUCGGCACACCGCACUUUUUAAUAUGAGUUCCUUAAAUGUUAUGAGUAAAACAACUCUGUCUCCAUGCAGUUAACGCUAUUUAACAGUUUAUGAUUGGCCCCUUUCUUUGUGCUGAAGAUUACUUGAACGACAAUAUCCCCCUUAGGAUAGUCCCACCUGACCUUUGACCCAACGGAUACACAUCUGAAAAGGUCACCAAGUUGUGAGGUGGAAGAUAUUACGGUGGUCUGACCAUCUCAGCUGCACAAAGCUACCUUGUGAAAUGAUCUAAAGUAUAAACUGUUCCUCACAGUACAGAAUAAGGAACUGGUUUUCUGAAUGAUGUGUAUAUUGAUUAAAUGUAGUGCCUCUCUUUUUUCAAUCAUACUGUACAGUAAGCCUCCGCACCCCUUACUCAAACUACAUACUUCAUGCUGCUCUAUUACUGUUCUGGAAGUGUCUGCAGAUCAUAUCACACCACUUUCCUGCUCUUCAUCCUCGUCAUCACUUACAUAUUCAGACAAACAACGGUAUCAUUUAUGUUCAUGGUACGUAUCUAACAUGGCAAUCAUCAGUAUAUAGAGUAUACUUCAUGUCCAUACAGUAACAACUACUUUAACGUAUUUCAGGUUCAACAAUCAUGUUUUGAAUGGGAGAGAAAAGAAAUCAAUGUACUCCUGGUCUUUAAAAAAAUGAAUCCCUUCAUCUCAUUUUGGAUGAAAAGUGCGACAAUGCAUUUUCAAAUUGCUUUUCAUUUGAUUAUGAAUCCGACUUCAAAAUAAAGUGACGGCUUGCGAGUUGUGUGAAGUUUGAUUGACGCGCGUGCCUCAGGUCAGCCAGCCUCGAGCGCAUGCGCACCGACAGUAGUGUGCGUCACUUUACGCACUCGCACAACAUCUCACAGCGUCAGGCUGUUUUUAAAAGCGCUCCAUUGUAACAGCAUAUCGAUGCUUGUAUUGAGGUAGUACUCCAUACAAUACCAUCAUUCCUGAGGCUGACCUUUCUUAAAAACGUGUUCCACGUGUGGUGGCUAAUCCAACAGUCACACGUGCGUUACAGAACACACUAAAGACAUUAACAAAGCCCACCGCCAUUGAGGGAAUGGCCUGCUGUACGUGACACGGUCUGACUUGUGUCCUCUUACAACGUGAGCCAGUCUGAUCUCGGCUCACAUUAACCCCCUGUGUGUUUUCAUUGGGCCUUUUCUUUAUGUGCGUCACAUUUGAGCCAAGCCAAGUUGUCUUGGUAGAAAUCACACAAAAAGAAAUCACACAGAAUGUACACAGAAUUGAUAUUGGGGGGAGGGGGGACGGACCUAAAACUGCUGGACUGGUUAUGUUGACUUGUUUUGUUUGUUUCCACGGUCUGGUUACUUAUUGAUUGUUGGGUAGGUUACUGUCGGGGAACCAAGUGGAGGUUGUGUGACUAGCUGUAAUAAUGUGUGAGUGGGCUUGGUUCACUGCGGCCCUGUUGGGCAUUGCAUCUUGUAGAGUAAUGCUGUAGGUAACCUCACCGUCUCACUUGUAUUCUUGUUCAAUAUCCACGUCACCAUCAUGCUCUGACAAGCUUCACACAAUCUACUUUUUCUAUUCCCUCUCUUCCCGCCUUUUAAAGGAACACUCACGUUUUUUAUUUCUAUUUUCACCUGUACAUUUAUUUUUUCCCCCGUCUUCAAAUGAUUUUGCAUUGUAUAUAAACAUGAUUGCUGUGAACAGUGUAUUAUAAAGUUGCACCCAUUUACAAAAUCUUCAAUGGGCAGUAGUUCAGUCAGUGUCUCUGAGUGUUGAGAGUUUAGCGUCAAAUGUUUGUGUACACUAAACACAUUGUCAUAUAUGAAAUAAACAUGGACAUUAUGCAACACGAA